AUGAUAUACAACACCAUUCUCAAGUUUAUUAUAAUAAUUGUUCUAAUUUAUAUUUUAAAGUUUCUUGUUUUAUUUAUUAUUUUAUUUGAAACUACAAAAUUUGGAUGGUUUUUGUUAAGAAUUUUAAGAUAUAAUAAUAUUUAUGAUCCUUCAAAAAAAAAUACUGUCAAAAAUUUAACAAGGAAUUUUUAUUUAACUUAUCCAAAUAAAGAAACUAUUGCUAUUUGGCAUUCAUUACCUAAUAGUAUUAGUGAUGAAUUAAAAAAAAAAGGAAUUAAAGUUAGUAGUAAAGAUUUUGAGACAGCCCUUUCAACAAAUACUACUCAAAAAGUUUUAAUAUAUUGCCAUGGAAUUUUCGGAUAUCGUGGAAAUAAAAAAUCAAGUAAACUUAUGAAUUUUAUGGGAGACAGAGAUGCUCAUACAUUUGUUGUUGACUAUCGUGGUUUUUGUGAUACAAUAGGAGAUUUUAAUGAAAAUAAAUGUUGUGAAGAUAUUAAAACUGUAUAUAAGUAUGUUUCAAAGUUUGCUCCAAAUCGUAUUUCUUUAUGGGGUCAUGGAAUGGGAGCAGCAAUUGCAGCAAAAGUUGCGGCAGAAUUAAGUGAAGAAGAAUCACCACCAACACAACUUUUUUUAGAAGCACCUUUUACCAAUUUUACAGAUGCUGUUCUUGAACUACCAUUUUUUGGACCAUCAAGAAUUGUGGGUUAUUAUAUUAAAAAAUUAGUUAACAAAUAUCCAGAAAUAGCUAAUAAAAUGUCAAUCGACAAGAUAUUUUCUAAAAUUGGAUGUCAUGUAAUAUUACUUCAUUCAAAAGAUGAUUCAAUUUAUCCAUGUUAUAUGUCACAACAAUUAUAUCUUCUAGCUCGUGAAAAUGAAAUGACCUGUCAUUUAUAUUUAUUUGAUGAAUCAUAUGGAUUAGGACAUUUUAAUAUUAUUGAUACACCAGAUAUAAAGGCAAUUUACAAUAUCAGUUGUGAUGUACAAUAA